CCGGGCCUGGAGCGUCCGCGAGAGCCGCCGCGGCUGCCGGAGUGUGCGGGUCGCGAGGGCUGAGGCCUGGCGGGCGGGGUGCGUCGCGAUGCCGGAGCUGGCGGUGCAGAAGGUGGUCGUUCACCCCCUGGUGCUGCUCAGUGUGGUGGAUCACUUCAACCGAAUAGGCAAGGUUGGAAACCAGAAGCGCGUUGUCGGUGUGCUUUUGGGGUCAUGGCAAAAGAAGGUACUCGACGUAUCCAACAGUUUUGCAGUCCCUUUUGAUGAAGACGACAAAGAUGAUUCUGUCUGGUUUUUAGACCAUGAUUAUUUGGAAAACAUGUAUGGAAUGUUUAAGAAGGUCAAUGCCAGAGAAAGAAUAGUUGGGUGGUACCACACAGGCCCUAAACUACACAAGAAUGACAUCGCCAUUAACGAACUCAUGAAAAGAUACUGCCCUAACUCAGUACUGGUCAUCAUUGAUGUGAAGCCAAAGGACCUGGGACUGCCCACAGAAGCAUAUAUUUCAGUGGAAGAAGUCCAUGAUGAUGGAACGCCAACCUCAAAAACAUUUGAGCAUGUGACCAGUGAGAUUGGAGCAGAGGAAGCCGAGGAAGUUGGAGUCGAGCACUUGUUACGAGACAUCAAAGACACUACGGUGGGCACUCUUUCACAGAGGAUUACAAACCAGGUCCAUGGUUUGAAGGGACUAAACUCCAAGCUUCUGGACAUCAGGAGCUACCUGGAGAAAGUGGCCACGGGCAAGCUGCCCAUCAACCAUCAGAUCAUCUACCAGCUACAGGAUGUCUUCAACCUGCUGCCGGACGUCAGCCUCCAGGAGUUUGUCAAGGCCUUUUACCUGAAGACCAACGACCAGAUGGUAGUGGUGUACUUGGCCUCACUGAUCCGUUCUGUGGUCGCCCUGCACAACCUCAUCAACAACAAGAUCGCCAACCGCGAUGCAGAGAAGAAAGAAGGGCAGGAAAAAGAAGAGAGCAAAAAGGAUAGAAAAGAUGACAAAGAGAAAGAGAAGGAGAAGGAAAAGGGUGACAGCAAGAAAGAAGAGAAAAAGGAGAAAAAAUAAAACCUGUAGCUUUUUAAUUUGUAAAUUAAAAUCUUAUAAACGAA